UUCCCUUUCUUUCUCCUCAAAAACAAUAAUAAUUAUAAUAAUAUCAGAAAUGUUUAGUAGCAUCAGCAAGAGCUGGAGAUCUGGAAGUGGAACGCAAAGUACGAUAGAGUGUUCGCAGUGCUGUCCUGAUGGUCACAAACACGUCGAGCCGGCGAGCAGCGAUUGCUUUGAGGAUCAAACGGCGGUUAAGGAUUUGGAAAGCUUGGAGUCGAGUGAGGAAUGUGUUGAGCAAGCUGAGAAGAAUAACAGCUCUUUCAUGCAUUCUGUCAUCAAUAUGAUCGGAAUGCUUAUAGGUUUGGGGCAACUGUCAACUCCAUAUGCUUUGGAAAAAGGAGGGUGGAUUUCAGCAUUCCUACUAAUAGGACUUGGAGUAAUAUGUGCUUACACCACCCACCUCCUGGGAAAAUGUCUGGGAAAGGACCCAAAGUCAAAAGAUUACAAGGAUAUUGGGCAACAAGCAUUUGGAACAAAGGGGAGAAUCUUGGCUGCAUCUUUCAUCUACCUGGAAAUCUUUAUGGCACUUGUCUCUUACACCAUUUCCCUUCAUGACAACUUGGCCACUGUGUUUUUGGGCACUCACCUCAAACUCACAGGCAUACAGUUAUCAACUUCCCAAUUGCUGACUGUGAUGGCGGUUUUGCUGGCCCUGCCCAGCCUCUGGUUCAGAGAUCUGUCUUCCAUAUCCUUUCUCUCCAGCGCUGGAAUCCUCAUGUCGCUUCUUAUUUUUGUGACGGUGGCGUGCACCGCCGUGUUCGGCGUCGUCAACCCUAACCAUCACAUACCACCUCUUCACCUCCCUAAUAUUCCUUCAGUUUCAGGCCUUUAUGCUUUCAGCUAUGCCGGCCAUAUCGUUUUCCCUAACAUUUACACCGCCAUGAAGGAUCCUUCCAAAUUCACCAAGGUAUCAAUUGUAAGCUUUUCAAUAGUGACCAUACUCUACACCGCCUUAGCAUUCAUGGGAGCUAAGAUGUUUGGGUCGGGAGUGAGUUCACAGAUCACCCUAAGCAUGCCUAGGCAUGUCGUCUUCACCAAGGUGGCUUUGUGGGCAACCGUUCUCACACCCAUGACCAAAUACGCAUUGGAGUUCGCCCCAUUCGCCAUUGAACUCGACCACUCUCUCCCACCUUCCAUGAAGAAUCACGUUAAGACCAUAAUUAGGGGUGGCACUGGCUCAAUUCUCAUCCUCAUAAUACUAGUCCUGGCUCUAUGUGUGCCAUAUUUUGAGCACGUUCUUAGCCUCACUGGCUCGCUGGUUAGCAUUGGGAUCAGCAUUGUCUUGCCUUGUGGUUUCUACACAAAGAUCUUCUGGCCUAAAAUCUCAAAGCCACUCCUGAUUUUUAAUAUUGUUCUAAUUGUGUUUGGGACAGUUCUCGCCGUGUCUGGAACAAUUUCUUCUUUUAAGCUAUUACUCAUAAGUCUUCAAAGAGCUAGCUCAACCUAA